AUGGAAGUAACUACAGAAGAAGUGGAAGAGUGGAUCGCAAGCAAUGAUGAAGAAUCCCAGAUUAAUGAUGAAGAGAUUAUCAAUGGACUAGCCACAGAAGAAACAGCGGGCGAAUAUGAGGUACCUGUUGAAACAAGGUUCCGUGAUCGAGGUCUUUCUGGAACCCCUUCUCAACUUCCGCAUCCAGCACGAUUUUCAAAUGAAUACUGCUGCAGCGGUAAAUUUCUUUCGACAUCUUCUUUUCCUCUUACUUGUCCUGAAAAUGUUGCGUUUUUAGAAAAUUUACGCGACCCUAUCGCCAUAGGCAAUGAUUCGCUGCAAGUGUUGCCACUGGUGACUGUCUUCAUGUCGGUUGUGACUUGCGGUCUAGGUUUUGCCGGCGCUGUAUGUUUUAACUCUCGCCCUUUGCUCGUUUUUGUGACAGGUAUGAAUUUUUUUUUUAUUUUGCUCUUGGAGUUAACUGGUGCAUGGAUUCUGGUACCGGUCAUUAACAGCCUUGAAAAAAUAGUAAUUCAAGAAAUGCAACAAUUGUUUGAGCAGGUCAAUGCAAUGAAUCCUGAGUACAAGAGCUUGCUUUCCUCCUCAGAAAACGAACUAUUCGAAACAUUGGGGGAGACUACGUACAGCUAUCAGUUGCCUCUUGCUAAUGGAUGGGUACGUUUUGCAAAUGGCAGUGAAUUCUUAAAGGCAGAGGUAGAUUACAUUCAAACGCAGUUGGGAUGUUGCGGAUUCACGGGACGCCAAUUUUGGAAAAUACGAAUUCCUGAGAGUUGUUGUCCAGAAAAGUACCCAGGUGAUAACUGUACGUUGGAUGUAGCGUACACUGCUACUUGCCAAUUUAAGUUUAACGUUUUCUCGUCUUGUUUGUCAACUCUGCAAGUCGAAUUCUUGGUUGUUGCAGUACUAUCUUUUGUAGCAGGUUGUGUUGCCAUGCGGCUGGUGCGUUAUAAACAGAAAUAUCCAGAUGGCAACUAUGCUUCCGAUGACAGUUCUUCGUCAUCAGAAGAGGACAAUGCUUUCGAUCUGCAAGAGACUUUUAAAUAAAAU